UCCUGGAAGGCACCGCCGGGGUUGUCACCGCGACACAACACGGAAGUGACGGAGGGGGGCGGAGCCCGGGAGAAGAUGGCGUCUCCGCAGUGCAGGCGAGACCCCUGCGGUGUCGUCUGCCUGCUCCUCACCUACUUCAGCGUGUUGUACGCGGACUACGUGGUCGUGCAGUACGUGCUCAUCCCCACCUUCUCCGACAGUGUCUGGUGCUCUCUACACGGAUCGGUCUUCAACCUGAUUCUGCUGCUGCUGCUCGCCUGUCACUGCCGAGCCGUCUUCUCCGAUCCUGGUAUGGUGCCUCUUCCCGACACGGCCAUCGACUUCUCGGACCUUCGCUCGCAGUCGUCUCGGAUGAGCGAGCGAGGCUGCGAGGGCUGGACCGUGUGCAGUCGCUGCGAGACCUACCGACCUCCCAGGGCGCAUCACUGCCGCGUCUGUCAGCGGUGCAUACGACGCAUGGACCAUCACUGUCCGUGGAUCAAUAACUGUGUCGGGGAGCUAAACCAGAAAUAUUUCAUCCAGUUUCUCUUCUACACUGGCUUGGCCAGUCUGUACUCCAUGUUGCUGGUGGUGUCGGCGUGGGUGUGGAGGAUCAGGAACGAGAGGGAGGGCGACGCAGACAAAGACGCCGUGGAGUCGCCGAGCAAACACCUGAUCGUGGCUCAUUACAUCAUCCUCCUGGUGGAGUCGGUGCUGUUUGGUGUGUUUGUCAUGGUUAUCUUCUACGAUCAGCUCAUCUCCAUCAUCACAGACGAGACGCCCAUCGAGCAGAUGAGGAACAGGCUGAUGAUCAAGGACAGAGGCCCGUCGUCGUCUACCUCCUCCCCCUCCUCCUCCUCCUCGCAGCUGCCUCACCACGCCUCGCACCACACCCGCAAGCCCAAGCUCGCUCUGCUGCGGGAAGUCUUCGGAAGAGGUUCGAUCUUCUGCUGGCUCCUCCCUCUCCACUCCAGCCCUCCGUCCGUCGGCGGCGUCACCUACUCCGCCCUGCCUGACUACGACGUCUGAGCUUGGCCUGCGAGAGAGAGAGAACGAAGAGGGAAGGACGGCGAGGAAGGUUUUUAUUUUGUGUGUAUGUGUGUGUGUGUGUGUUUUAGGUGUGUGAAUGAAUUUGCUGCCUCACUACGAUGUCUUAUCUCUGGAUGAUGCUGGGAGAUGAAGAGGGAGGAGGACGAAGGCCAAGAGGGGGAAAAAUGACGAGAGAUCGAGUGUGUGUGUGUGUGUGUGUGUGUGUGUGUGUGUGUGUGUGUGUGUGUGUGUGUGUGUGUGUGUGUGUGUGUGUGUGUGUGUGCGCGCGCGCGUGCUUGUGUGUUCAUCCCCCAGGAAUUACAAGAGUUCAGCCUCAGACUCCUGAAAACCUCUUUCCUGUCACGAGGGAAGAGGAGCACUGACGACCGCUGUUCUGUUCUGUCGCCAUCCGUAGAUUUAACUACCAGCAUCAUUUUUUUCUUUAAUUAUUUUGAUAAUGACAUAAGUGCAGGUUUUGAACCCUGCGUGGAAUCUGGGGUCUGACUGACCCUGGUUUAACACGACUGAGCUGCUGAACUUCAAACUUGACCAUAUUCAUAAUCAGAUUUCUUGCCCGUUUAUCAACACGUAGGACAUUAAAACUGUCAUGGAGCACGAUACACAAUAUACCAAUAUUUUAUUUACUCACAUCAGGUGCCAGUCCUGACGUUUAGACCGCAAACAUUGUUGCUCCAUCGAUGCAAAUCGUAAAGAAAUCCGUUAACAGCUGCUAUGUGGACACUGGAAAAAAAUGUGUUCAGUCAGAAGCUGAAGUGACGUCACGAUGGUGUGGAACCGAGGUUCCAAGAAUCCUCAACAGAACCAGUUCAAGAACCGAUUCGUUGGAAAAGAGGGGGGGAAACAGUUCAGCGUUACAGUGAAAGGGAGAAUCUUCAUCUCGGGCGACCCCUGGUGGUCAGACGAGAUAUGGCCAGUGAUCCAAAUAUUAAUCAACUUUUUUUGUGGAGUCUUCGAUCAAAUCCGCCCUCGUGAUUGUUGAGAACUCUGAAAGCUGAAAACAUAAUUAUUUUUCAAAUGAGUUGGUAACUGAAUUAUGUUUUUUUCCAAAAUGACAAAGGAAUUAUUUAUUUUUUAGUUUGGGUUUUAUUGUACAGAAUUAAAUUCUGUUUGUUGUUUGUUUGUCUAUCCUGCUGAACGUCCAAGUCGAGCUUUAAAAAAAAACAAAGACUCUGGAUGCACUGACUUUUUUAAAAGCAGAUAUCUGAUCAUUUCAGUAUCAGUGGAACUUCGUGGAUAAACAGAAGCUUCAGCUUUAACGUCUUUUUUCUGAGGAAAUUGAUCAUUCGCAAAACACUUUCACACAUGUGGCCCUAAAAAUGCGGACACGUGAACAUCUCACCUGUACGUUCGGUGAUGGGGCCCGGCCCUCGCGGUCCAGAUCGUCCCAAAGCUCUGAGCUCUUUGCAGGCCAGUAGAGGUCCUUCACACCCAAACAGGGAAAUGGAACAUUCCCAAAAGUAUAAACGCUGGAGACAAACUGUCGUUACGACUUUCCCUUCGUUUUAAACCAAGGAGCCGAGGCCAAAGCCGUGUCUCUACACUUUUGACCACAUAUUGUAUCAUAUUGUAACACCAAAAGAAUCUGACGGUCUUAUUUUCUCUUAUUUAUUUGUAAGUCUCAAAUACACCACAUACAGAAACACUAUGGAAAUAUUGUUAAUAAUCAGCGUCCUGUGAAUUAAUACACGCGAACCAAUGACGUCAUAUAAACAGAAGGAACAAAUCAGA